GCCUCACGCUGGCCAGCCCCGCCCCCCAUCUUCCGCUCUCCUGCUCUGCAGAAGCUGCGAAGGUUCCCCUGAGUCUUACCCUUCUCGUCGCGAAGCCGCCCAGAGUUGUAAUGCCGCGUGGAAGCCGAAGCCGCACCUCCCGCAUGGCCCCUCCGGCCAGCCGGGCACCUCAAAUGAGAGCUGCGCCCCGGCCAGCGCCAGCAGCAGCUCAGCCAGCAGCAGCAGCUCCAUCGUCCGCUGUUGGCUCACCUGCUGUUGCUCCCCGGCAGCCAGGUCUGAUGGCCCAGAUGGCAACCACUGCAGCUGGUGUGGCUGUGGGCUCUGCUGUCGGGCACACUCUAGGUCAUGCCAUCACUGGGGGCUUCGGUGGAGGGAGUAAUGCUGAGCCCCCGAGACCUGACAUCACUUACCAGGAGCCUCAGGGAACCCAGCCUGCAUAUCAGCAACAGCAGCAGUUUGGCCCGUGCCACUACGAGAUGAAACAGUUUCUGGAGUGUGCCCAGAACCAGGGUGACCUUAAGCUUUGUGAGGGUUUCAGUGAGGUGCUGAAACAGUGCAGAUUUGCAAAUGGAUUAGCCUAAUCAAGAAGUUCAAGUUGAAGACAUGGAAAACCAUCUCUCAUGACCAAGUUAAUUUAGCAUAAAAAUAUAACUAGUGAAGACAUAAAGUUUAAAACCAUCUGUGUUAUUAGUAGCUUCCUUGCUUCACAAUUGCAGUGGAAAAAGGUGUUCUUGCUCUAUAGAGAUUCAUUGAGAUAGUAUUGAAUUUGGGCUGUUGUUUGUGUGGGCUCUUUAAACCAGCUUUUGUGAUGUUACUGUUUGUGAAUUAAUAAAGUGAUUUCUUCCAAAA